AUGAGGAAAUUAACGGCCAAAGGAUUCAUCGAAGGAAUUGACGGGUAUAUCCUCGACAUGCAAGAAUGGGGAGACAUCAAUGAAGAGCAGAAAAGACACGAAGAAACCCAGAGAGUUAUGCAAACAAAGUCAGAGGAAUUAGAACAAGCUAUACUCGUUAUUCAACGACAAUAA